CGGCUCGGCAAAUAGCGUAACGGCUCGGCAGAUCGCGUAGCACUCACUUGCUGCGUUAGCAGGAAGGGCUCUAGAUUGGCAUAUGGGUCGAGUUUGCGACAUGGACCAUAUGCCGCGGAAGCGAUUGCGAAACAACCCCUUACAGCAAUCUACUUUAGUUGAAGGUGUGAUAGACCUAGUUGACACGGACACAGACUCUGAUGUCGAGAUAGUCACGGGUAGGAAAAAGCAGGAGGUCGACUAUAUCUUAGAUGACGGGUCUUCUGACGAAGACGUGAAGAUAACUGCUGUGGCUGGGCAGAUAGCGACACAGGCCUACCCGCACUGUCGACCCGACUGCGGUCGGCAUCCCUUUGUUACUGAUGUCGCCGAGUCGAACGGCAAAUACUGCGCACAGUGCUUCUGCUUUGUGUGCGAUGUGAAGGCGUCGGAGUGCGAGUUCUGGGGAACAGGCCUGCUCCCCCACCACCACGCCAACGCCUACUACCUGGCCCCAUGGCGCCGACUACGGGAGGCGGCUCGCCGCAGCACCGGUAGCAGCAGCGGGGGAAAUCAGGCAGGAGGGGAUGCCCUACGGCAGGCCUUUCAAGCUGCGGAGGCGGCACGCAGCGGCAGCGGCGGGGGAGAUGCCGUACGACAGGCCUCUGGAGCUGCGGAGGCGGCACGCAGCGGUAGCAGCGGAGGAAAUGCUGUACGGCAGACCAUUGGAGCUGCGGAGGCCACAUGCAGCGGCAGCAGCGGAGGAGAUGCCGUGCGACAAGCCUCUGGAGAUGGGGGGGCGGCGCGCAGUGGUAGCAGCGGGGGAGUUGCCGUACGACAGGCCUCUGGAGCUGCGGAGGCAGUACGCAGCGGUAGCAGCGGGGGAAAUGCCGUACUGCAGACCAUUGGAGCUGCGGAGGCUGCACGCAGCGGCAGCGGCGGGGGAGAUGCCGUGCGACAAGCCUCUGGAGCUGCGGAGGCGGCACGCGGCGGCAGCAGCGGGGGAGAUGCGGUACGACAGGCCUCUGGAGCUGCGGAAGCGGUACGCAGCAGUAGCAGCGGGGGAGAUGCGGUACGGCAGACCAUUGGAGCUGGGGAGGCCACAUGCAGCGGCAGCAGCGGAGGAGAUGCCGUGCGACAAGCCUCUGGAGCUGCAGAGGCGGCGCACAGCGGCAGCAGCGGGGGAGAUGUCGUACGACAGGACAGGCCAAACAGUGGUAGUGGGUGUAAUGGUGGGUGUGGGGGUGGAGAAGCAGAUGAUGGCAGUGGUAGCGGCGGCAGCGGCGGCAGCUCCGCACGGGAAUCCCCCCAAGCGGUGGAUGCGUUUCCAGCAGUAACAGCGGCGGCGGCGGCAGCGGCGGGACCAGGGCUGGGAGUCGGGGGGAGGAUGGGAGCAGCAGCGUGACCCAUGGGGCACCUGGCGUCAAGGACAAUGGCAGCGGCAGUAGCAGCGCGGAAGAGGACGCCGUAGAGGAAACCAUCCAAACGGCUGUGGCAGCAAGUGAGGGGCCGGCUGGAGCGAUGGCAGCAGGUGAGGCGGGUACUGCAGUAGUGGCGGCGGCGGAUAGAGCUGAAAGGGACGGGCCGCUGGAGAGACCGCAGCGGCAGCAGGAGGAGAAGGAGGAGGACAAGCAGCUGCUGCGGCAAGCACUCUUCCCCGCCUUGCCCCCCUUGCCGCCCCCUUUGCCACCACCCUCGUUUCAAUCCUCUGCCAGCACUGAUGUCAAGCCUGCGAUGAUGCCGCCUGAGGGACAGCGCUAGUCGCAGUUGUAGCCGCGUGCACUGCUCAUGUGCACCGAUGUGGCAACACCUGAGCUGCAGCCACAGCAGCCGUUUGCUCACCUCAUAAGCCCCUUGGAGCUGCACCCAGCGCUGACGUCGUCCCUCCUGACUUCCACCCACCCACCUCAUCAUGCAUGGCUGUGUGUUCUGCGCAUGCGGGUUAUGCGGCAGCCGCAAGGGUGUUGGUUGUACAGAUGCAUGUACGAUAGUUGUUGACCGCGGGAACUUUCCAUCUCUGUCAGUUCGCAGACUUCUUGAGCAUCCUGCAUCCUGUACGUUUUGCUAGCCUUAGCUCUGAAAGUUGCGCCCUGUGUAGUGUGUAUGUAUACGACAUGAUGUAAUAAGAUUAAAUCGAGGCAUGUGUAUAGCAAGUAGGACAUGUUUUUGUUGUUUUGAUGCGACAAAAGCUGUGUUUGUGUAUGAAACCCCUCAGGGUCGGUCUGUGUUGUGCGUAUCGCUGUGCAUGGUAAAAGGACAUGUCGUAACGGAGCUUUACCGCUCUAGCGGAAGGCCGUGUGUGGAAGAAGACAGUAGAAGACAGAAGGCAUUUAAAGGAGACUUCCCUGCGGUUCCCCUUGUGCGGACUUGAGGCAACUCGCUUCAGAGGCUAGGAUUUCGGACAUAUAUGCACCCCGCCGUACUUGGGACAAGGCUUUUGGUUACCUGCAGUUAGUGUUAAUACCGUUAGUGCUACGUGUGGUAUGGUUACAGCGUGUCAGGGUUGGCUGGGCAGCUGCAUGCAGUAUUGCUUCGGCUGGUACGGCAGUCCUCUGCCGGCUGCCAAUGCCGUACUUCAUUUCCGUACUGCAUACGUGCAGCGCUGGGGUAAAGCAUGGCCGGAUUUUGGUGGCAGUAGUUAGUUGUAGGCAAUGGUGCUGGAACCGCUUUGUAAAGCAUAUCCACCA